AUGUUCAAAUCAGACCGUAUAUUGAUACCAAGAAGUCUUCGACAGCAGUUUAUCGAAAAACUUUAUACAGCACACUUGGGAGUAGAUUACACCAUUCGGGCGGCACGUGAAUCUAUGUAUUGGCCAGGAAUGGCAGAGCAGAUUACGAACUUUGUACGGAAUUGUGAAGUAUGCAUGACGUUCAGCGCUAGUCAAGCAAGAGCACCUAUGAGUACACAUCAGAUACCUGAUUUUCCUUUUCAACGUGUAAAUAUCGAUCUCGGCGAAGUGAAGAAGGACGGAAAAAAGUUCCACAUGAUGGUCAUGGCAGAUAGUUUUUCUGAUUUCAUUGAAGUAGAUUUCCUGAAAGAUACCAAAACACCAACGAUCAUCCAAAUUUGCAAGCGUCAUUUUGCUAGGCAUGGAGUACCCGAGAUUAUCGUGACGGACAAUGGUCCACAGUUUAAUAAUGAGGAAUGGUGUGAUUUCGGGAAGGUUUGGGGUUUUGAACACGUCACGUCAGCACCGUACCAUGCCCAAGGAAAUGGUAAAUCCGAGUCAGCCAUCAAAUCUAUGAAGCAAUUGUAUCGAAAAUGCUCGAAAAGUGGCACUGAUUUCUGGAAAGCCCUAUCACAACAUCGAAAUACUCCCAAUGCAAUUGGAUCCAGCCCAAACCAACGCUUGUUUUCAAGGGACACGCGAAACGAAAUACCUCGGAUCACAAAUAAAUUACAACCUCCAAAGUCUGCAGCAGUGAAACAACGUAUUACUGAGAAGAGACAAGUGACCAAAGCAAGUUAUGACAAGCGUUCCAAGGAAUUACCAAAAUUGCGGGUGGGAGACGAUGUAUUCGUGCAGCGUCGACCAGAUAUUAUAUCGGACUGGGAGAAAGCUACUCUUGUUAGGCAACUUCCAGACAGAUCAUGUGAAGUGAAAACACAAGACGGUGGUAUAUUUCGUCGAAGUGCUACGCAUGUGAAACCCGGUCAGAAUGUUUAUGUUCGAGGAAAUGGAGACAGAAGCGAUUCUGAUCAGAAUACACAUGAGAGUUCAACGAAUCGUGUCUUUGACCAAUACAAUCGCAAUGAACGGGAUAACGCUGAGCCAUCUUCUACUGGAAACGAUAAAGCCAGCACAUCGAGUGAGGAGGUAGACCAACAACCAAUGGAGCUGACAGCGCGUGGAGGUCGACCUAAAAGAGAAAUCAGAAUUCCUACAAGAUUUUCAGAUUUUGUCACCUAA